AUGGCGUUCCCUCUCUCUCCCUCCUUAAACCUUUCCCUCACUCGUAGCCGAAUCACCUGCUUCUCCAAGAAGCAUCGCCGCCACGUCAUCGCAAAGGAAGCGGUGGGAGACACGACGCGUGCCACGUCGGUGAGUGUUGUGGAGAGGAUAAUGGAACGGUUGAGGAGUGUGGUCCCCAUGAUGAUUGCGUCGGUUCAGAUUAGCGCUUUGGUGCCGUUGGUCGAUUACGUUGCGUCUCCUGGUGCUGCUGAAGCGGUUUUGUAUUCGCCGGAUACGAAGGUUCCCAGGACGGGGGAGGUUGCUCUCAGGAGAGCCAUCCCUGCCAAUGCUAACAUGAAGACUAUACAGUUGCUUCGGGAUUUGAAUCCUGGCAAAAUCUUCAUGGGGUUGUUAGUAUAUGUGGAUUACAUCAUACUAGUGGCAAAUGAUUUAGAGGCUUGUUUGGACUUCAAGAGUUAUUUGGAAAAACAUUUCCAUAUCAAGGAUUUUGGGGUGCUGAGUUUCUUAGGAAAAGAGUAUGUUACCAUCAUAGCAGAGAAUAAUGUUUUCCUUGGAUGGACUAAGCAUAUCGAGAUAGAUUAUGAUUGUGACACUCUUGAAGAUAUUUCGUACUUGUUGAGGAUUCCGCAGAGAAAACCUUAUGGAACAAUGGAGGGGAAUGUGAAGAAAGCUUUGAAGAUAGCAGUAGAUGAAAAGGAUUCUAUAUUGGCUAGUAUACCAGCAGAACUGAAGGAAAAGGGCUCUUUGGUACAUGCAUCCCUAAUAGAGGGAAAGGGUGGCUUGCAAACUCUCCUUCAAUCUAUAAAGGAACAAGAUGCAGAUAAAGUAUCUGUGAACCUUGCAUCAACACUAGACACUGUAGCAGAGCUAGAGUUGUUACAGGCACCAGGAUUAUCAUUUUUGUUGCCGGGGCAAUAUGCACAACAAUAUCCACGGCUUUCAGGGAGAGGUACUGUUGAGUUCACCAUUGAGAAAGGAGAUGGUUCGACAUUUUCUCCAGUUGGUGGAGAACAGAAAAAUACUGCCACUAUUCAGGUUGUUAUUGAUGGAUACUCUGCUCCAUUAACUGCAGGAAAUUUUGCAAAACUGGUGAUGGAUGGAGCAUAUAAUGGUGCAAAACUCAACUCUAUCAACCAAGCUAUUCUCUCAGAUAAUGGAGGUGAUAAGAACAGUGGUUACAGUGUUCCCUUGGAAAUAAUGCCGUCUGGACAAUUUGAGCCCCUUUACAAAACAACAUUAAGUGUGCAGGAUGGAGAACUGCCAGUUCUUCCUCUAUCUGUUUAUGGGGCAGUUGCUAUGGCUCAUAACGAAGCCUCUGAGGAAUAUUCAUCACCUUAUCAGUUCUUCUUCUAUCUCUAUGAUAAACGAAGUGCUGGUUUGGGAGGGAUAUCAUUUGAUGAAGGACAAUUUUCGGUUUUUGGAUACACAACCACCGGGAGAGAUAUUCUACCCCAGAUAAAAACUGGUGAUAUUAUUCGUUCUGCAAAGCUAAUUGAAGGCCAAGACCGUCUUGUAUUGCCGAAGGAAAGUUGA